AUGACGGCAGCAAUUGGAAAAGAUCACCAAAAGCUUCGCCGGAGGGGAAUGAUGGAACUGGCUGCAGAAAGCUUCGCGAAAGCAGCAAUGGAGGAUUUGAGAGAGAGAAAAAAACACUUCACAUUUGAUACAUGUUGGGAUAUUUUGCGCCGAAGUUGUAAGUGGGAUGAAUUUCGAACACAAUCCAAAAAGAGUACGCAACAUGCUUAUCCAUGUUCUAAUCCACCAACUGGAGAAUCUGAUGCAUUUCAAUCCAACCAGAAUAAUGUUCUGCACGAAGAACCAUCUAAUCCAUCAACACGACCAAUUGGUACUAAAGCAGCGAAACAGAAGUUGAAGAAUCAAAUAACCCACGAUAGUAGAUUUGAUGAAAUGGCUGCCAACCAAUCCAAACUGGUUGAAGUGUUAUCAACUAUUUCUGCUAGAACUAUUGAGCGAGAUGAACAAAAGGCGAUCGACCGUAACCAGAAAGCUGCAGACCGUUGA